AUGGCUCCUCCCGCGCAGAAAUUGUUGGACAGGCUCGAUGAACUUUACCAGCUCGCCUCUACGGCAUUGGCAUGGCCUGAACCUGACAUUCCCGCCAAAAAGGAACGUCUCCUUUACGUCUCAUUAAAGGUUCUCGACUACUUCGACGACGACAAGUCCAGGUCCUCCAAAGACUUAGGCCCCACGUACACGAAAUGGUUGAAUGAUGUUCUCAAAAUCGACACCGCCGACAAAAUCGACCUCAAAACGUUCGACAGCCCUUCAUUCGCCGUGAAGCCCCCUCUCCUCCUUGAAUAUCCCGUAGCCGGCAAUCACAAGGGCAAUGCAGUCCAAAUCAAGGAAGAACCCUCAACGCAUAACAGCAAGUCGGCCUCACGUAAACGCCCUGCACCUGAGACCGACCUGAACGGAGACAACGACAACGCCGCCGCCAAAUCUGUCAAGAACUCGAAAUCAGGUACCCCCGCGUCCUUGGGCAAUGAGAAGCUGAAGAAGCCCAAGGUUAAACAUCAUUCGUCGGAGCCCGUCGAUAUUCCCAAACAAUCUGCUGUCAAAGCGACCAAGAGCGAUGGACCCGCAAAGCCCAAUGCGUCGCCAGAAGCCCCCGCAAAUUCCAGCCUGGGCCAACGCCUUCCAGUUCCUUCCUUCACAGAUGUCACCUCGAGGGACACUCUGGUCACCGAUGUCGCCAAGCUCAGCCGUCUGUACCUCGACCAAAGUCACAAACUCAAUGAAUUUGGUUCUCACCACAUCGCUUUGAUGGACUACUACAAGGAGGAUCGUGUACGCUAUCUCAGCGAGAACGAGCAACUUAGGCGACAGCUGUCCGAUAACCAACAUAUCAUCAAAUCUCAAUCCGAGACCAUCGCAUCCCUCAACACAAAGAUCUUCAACAUCGAGGGACGCUUGGACAAGCUCGAGGAAUCCAGCCGCGGGAUCCAGGACCACCAGUCAAAUUUCUCAGACGCCACAUCGUUCAAAGACUUCAUGACCUUGCACGACGACACGGACUUCCAGUCCUUCAACCCCCCUCCCCGAGACAUGUUCACCAAUGGGCAAGCGUAUUCCCUACCAAAUCCGCCUCCUGAAAGUAAUGCCUUUUCACGGACCAAUCAAGCCACCUCUCUGUCGAUGGGAGUCGGAGCAUCACAUUCGCAGACUACAUCACUCUCGAUGAAUAUGGGUGGUCAAACCGCGCAUUCACAGGGGACAGCGUCCGCCACUCCCCCGAUGACUACACCUCACCUCAGCUGA